AUGAGGACAGUUUCACAGUCCAACAGCACCAAACACUAUGGAUUGGAAUUAACUGAAAAGACACCUAGCGAUGGAUCUUUCCGCCAUAUACUCUGUCCGUCCUUAACGUGGACAGAGAUAAAAUCUAAAUAUAACCCAAAAUGUCUCAGUCUAACCAUCUGUUAUUAUCCGACUAACUUUGAGGAAGUCGCACAAAGUGAUCCGGUAACGCUCGCGUAUCUCCAUCAGCAAGUGAGGGAUUGGUACUUGUUGCGAUUUCGUGAUAUUGAAAAUGUGGACUUGGCGUUUGAGAUCGGAUGCUUUGAAAUCUGUAUGGUAACACAGAACUCUACUUUGUCUGCAAAAGACCGACUGGAGUUAUUUGAACGGGCUCGACCGUUGCAAACACUUUUUCCACCUUGUGUGCUUCAACAUUACAAAUGCAAGGCGUUGAGACGUGCAAUACAAAAUUACCUAAGCCAGAUUUAUGCAAUGUCACAAGAAGAUUGGACAUUGGAGUUACUGAACAGAUAUCUGAUCCUGCUGCAGUUUGAUCGGGAGAUGAUUCCAUGCCGCUUUGGGGCCGGAUACGGCAUCCCAGCUGAGCUAGUGAUUGGACCACGGGUGCAAAUAUCCAUUAAUGUGGAGCACGGUAAAGAGCCCCGACUACUAGCCCACUUCGCAAGCAUUCAUCAGAUACUUGUAUCAAAAUCCAGGCUGCCUAUUGGAGAAAGGUUUAAUGUGCGCUUGGUGAUCCAUAGAAUCUGUGCUGGACAACAGAAGCCGGAAAUAAUUAGUUUGGCCUUCCAUUCCCUGGAAGCGGCUGACACAUGCGUUCACCUGUUAGAAUUAUAUUGUACUGAUGAGCGAUUAAGAACAGAGGGUAUUUCGGUUCCUGUGGAUGAUGCCAAAACGUUACUUCCGAAUGGAUGUCCUUACCGGUUGAUAGAAGACAUGAACGCAAUGGAAAUAAAUAGAGAGGAUCUGAAAUUGGAACGGGUAUUGGGCGACGGACAAUACGGGGACGUAUACAUGGGACUUCACCGUAAAUACCCCGGAGCGGAACCUACUCGCGUGGCCAUAAAGACAUGCAAAAUAGGAUGUUUAGCCGAAGAACGCCAAGAAUUCAUGGAAGAAGCAAUGGUGCUUCGUGAGUUCGAUCAUCCGCACAUCGUUCGAUUGAUCGGCGUCUGUUUAACAGAACCCAUGUGGCUGGUGAUGGAGUACGCACCACUUGGAGAACUUAGACAAUAUCUGCUUGCAACUCAACAGCAGAUGUCAUUGUCAACGAAACUUACGUUCUGCUAUCAAAUCGUCACUGCACUGGUUUGCCUAGAGAAUAAAAGAUGCGUGCACAGAGAUAUUGCAGCCAGAAAUGUCCUGGUGUUCAAAGGGGAUUUGGUGAAACUAGCUGAUUUUGGCAUGGCAAAAAUGCUGAAGGACUCGGACGAAAUCCACGUUGACAAUGGAAAGAAACUACCUAUCAAAUGGAUGUCCCCCGAGAGUAUGAACCGGUUGGUAUUCAGCUUGGCUUCAGAUGUGUGGAUGUUCGGAGUUUGCAUUUGGGAAAUCGCGUCGAGUGGAUCAAAGCCGUUUGCAGAAUUCACGAACGAAGAAACGGCAAGCAUGGUGGCACGUGGCGAACGGUUAAAGUGCCCGGAAGCAUGCCCUCUUUCCCUCCACGCCAUCAUGCUGGAGUGCUGGAACGCAGAUCCAUCAAAACGUCCCAAAGCCUCAGUUCUGAAGACACAACUACGCGAACUGAUGGCUCAAUCCAAAACGUCAGUGCUGUUAGCUGGCCGCUCAUCAUGGAUACCGAAGUACUCGGAAACCAUGAAGGCACAAGGCACCCAACCGACAGUUCGCAAACCACCUGCGAACAAACCUCACAGUAAUUGGCUGAUUGUGACCGAAAUCGGUGACGUUGGACGGUUACCGUCAGCCACGCCCCAUCAGAUUUCUGGCAACAAUGAAAAUACUCUGGCGACAUCAACCAGGAUGGCGCGGGAGACCUUUCGAGAAAACUCUGAGCUGAGGUGGCAUUCCACGAGUGACCUAUACGUGAAGCCAAAUGUACUGCGAACUAGCAUGCCACAUGUAAGUUCAAGCCUUCGGCUAUCGCAUCCAACCGACGUUGAUGCGGGCGAUGAUUUCCAAUCCUUCGAACAACUCCAUCGACACUCUGGCGCUGAUCCAGAGAUAGCUGAUCCUGAGACCAUGAAACGCGAUGAGGAGUUUGUUCGUCAAGCAAGAUUGUCCGUGAAUGCGAAACAAACAAACCGGCCUGAAAGUAGCCUGAAAAGUCAAAACCAACCCGUUACCGAUGUAUCCCAGCUGCAUUGUAAGGAAUCAAAAAUGAAAUCGAAUAGGUGGCAAGGAGUACCUGGGACCGAGGCUACUGAGCAAUCAGAAGAUGGUGGCGAAGUCCAGGCUGAUGAGGUCUAUCUGGCCACAGUGGAAGUGGUGCAAGCAGUUCGGGUAGUUGGCAAGCAGUUAGCUGAUGUCUCUCCAGAACAUUUUGAAAUUUUGUCGCAAAAUCUCGACGGUGUCGUCAGAGCCUUGAUCGUGGCUGUGGAGCUAACCGGCUGCCUAUCAAAUGAGAUCCUACUUGCGAAACGACAACUGGUCUCAUCAAUGUCCCAAUUCACAGCAGCAACCAAGGAAGGUAAACUCGAGGACAAUAGUCUCAUGUGUGAAGAAGUUCGUCGGCGCUUGAUGUCACUCGCGUAUGUUGUGGCCAAUGACGCCGGUGUGUUGUACGAUGUGAUAUACGAUUUUUGCCAUCAAAGGAAGAAUAUGCUUUAAGCUGGAAGUCUGCCUACCAUGACGGGUACUGCACAUAUGUUUGCAUUUGCGCAUCGCUGCAGAAUAUCCUUUGCGACACACGCGCAAAGUUCCACUGAUGGCUGUGAAAUUCACUGUUUAUAGCACCAUAAG